UGAUGAUCGGACGUUUUGAUUUCAUUGUCUGGCGCAGGGGCUCUAAAAAAAAUCUGCUGAAUUCGAGUAGCUGCUGAUUUGUCAACAAAGAAAGGUCGGCUCAUCAAUGUAUGGACUUCACAAGGUGUGCUGUGGUAUCUGGCACCAAGACGUUAGCGACAGAUCUUUUGAGUUCUGUUACUUGCAAGCACAUCAAUCUUCAAGAACUAACCAUUGCUGCCUAAUAUAUCGCACCCACUUAAAAGACAUAGUUUAAUCCAGUGCCCUUGAGAGCCAAUACACCUACAGUCAAGUCAUGCCACAGAGUGAAGAUACUCAUCAGAUAGCCCCAUGAUAUGUUAGAUCUUGCCAUAUUGUAAUAAGAUGUACAAAAAAAAUAUAUCAGCGAAGUAUAAAGGAGCUCAUUUGUGAUUCUGUGCAUGCUGAAUGGCUUACCGGAGUGCAGUGGCCGGGAUCUCAUUUUCACCUCGCCUGAAGCAUGGAAGCAUGGCAGGAGAAGCGGGGUGUGCAUACUAUGAAUCUACGAUCUGUGUUUACUGCUGAGCAACAGAGUAUCCUCGAGCGUUACUAUGAAAAUGGGAUGACCAAUCAAAGCAAAAGCUGCUUCCAGCUCAUUCUUCAGUGUGCUCAGGAGACCAAGCUUGACUUCAGUGUGGUGCGGACAUGGGUAGGCAACAAAAGACGAAAGCUGGCUUCCAGGGCUGAUAAGAAUGGAGUGGUGGGUUUAUCUAACCAUGCCAUUGUUGGUGCGGGAGGAUGUCUUGGCCCGGUAUUAACGGCAGAUAUGGCUGCUGUGCGUAGUGUUCAGCGUGGGCCGUCUACAAUUCACCAUCUUUCUCCCCAAGCCUCCUGCCCUUCAUCAUCGUCCACCUCGUCGUCUUCGUCGUCGUCCUCCUCCUCUCCAUCGUCUAAUGGAUCCAAAAACAACAAUGAUGUAAUAGUGACUGGUGCCUACUCUCUCCCACGCAUUGUCAACCGCUUAGAGUCUUCAUCUCAGAGCAGGGCAGAUGCAAAAGUACUACCAUUAAAUCCUAGUAGUGAUUCAAGUUUGCAUUCUAGGCUUGUCUUGCCCCCAGAUGAAGUAUCACUUCAACGCAAAUCUCCUCAUAUACACAACUCAAGCACCUUAAUGUUUAAUCAGAUGAGAAGAAUGCCUAGAGACCUGGCAUCAGUUGCCCCCAGCUGGGCGAAGCAAUGCGGUGCUCCUCAGCACCAGCAAUGGCUCCAAACUUCAACCCAACAACCAAUGACAAACCUACACCGAACUCCCCCAGCAAGUGCUGCAGAAAGCGGGGUCAGGAUCCAGCAGGUGUUCACCAUUGCCGGAUUAGCAGAGGGCUCACAGCAGCAUUCCACUGAAAUAAGUCAAGAUCACAGAACAAAAAAAACAUCUGUGUCGUCUGAGUACUCAGAAACUUUUUCAAUCGCAAUGGAAACAGGGGACGCAGAUGAUGAGUAUUCAAGGGAAGAGGAGUUGGCAAAUAUGGGUGCCCAGUUGCAGCUCAGCAAGUCUGCAGGUAGCAAUGUUGGUGAAGUGGAAAACAGUAGGAUCUUAACAGAACAGCCUUCAACAAUUAAUAGACAGGGUAUGUACACUGUGACGUCAAGGAACCUGCUAGAGGUGGCACACAGUUCACCCAGUUCUGCCCAUUUUGGAGAAAAAGGGUGCCAAACCAGCAGUGCUUUGCUGUUUGAUUCAGGUUCAAGGGCCAGCAAUCCAAUAAGACACUUUACAGAGUCCUCUCCAUCACGAAUUCCCAAUCUCAAGGUAAGUAUCAUGUCAUCUCCCUGGCUCCUUAGCAACUCCCGUAAAAGAACACUCCAGGAUCGGACCCAGUUUAGUGACGGAGAUCUAUACGCGCUAAAGAGGUACUGGGACAACGGCAUGACCAGUCUGGGCUCUGUGUGCAAAGAGAAGAUUGCGGCAGCUGCCAUCGAGCUCAGUGUUGACAGUGAAAUUAUUAAGACCUGGAUUGGUAAUCGUAGGAGGAAAUAUCGACUAAUGGGCAUUGAUAUUCCACCUCCCAAAGGUGGGCCAGCAACCUUUUCUAAACUAUCCAGUGCAAAGCCCCAAUCACCUUUGACCCCUGAGGGAGAUAAGUCUGUUGAGCCCUUACAGGAAAGUGAGCAGAAUGAUGCGGUGUCUCUUUGUUUAUCUGAAGAUGGACCAAGGGACUCUUAUCUGCAGGAGAAUGAUGAUGAGAAUGAUGGACUGAAUAUUUCUGCCAUUGCCGACAAUGUGAAGAUUGAAAUAAUUGAUGAAGGUGAAAACGAUGAAGACGACUGUGAAGUGAUGGCCAGUGAUAUGGAACACAUGCAUAAUAUUUUAGAGUACAAACAUGAGGAAGUCCAGUACCUUGAGAGUGAGCUAGAAAGACAAAAACAGAAGUACCGUGAGCUGAGUACCUUCACGAAAAGCCUAUUGACUGCGCUGAAAAACAAGGACACAGAAAAGCAGCACGAGCUUUUAGCCAGCCUACCUCACCAAGUGGAAGAAGACAUUGUGUCGAGUCCAGAACGGAAUGCCGAGUCUAGCAUGGAGAUGAGCUCCAAUCAGAAGGAUUCCUCUGUAUCAGAGGGGGAGGGGGAUAUUGAGCCCAAUGGACAGUAGUCCAUUCUCUUCUGUAUACAAACUCACACUCACUACACCAUGCCUGUGAUAGAUUCCCAAGAACUGUAACAGAACCAGUGCAGCCUUUUUGCUGCAUCUCAGAUGGAUCAAUCCAGUCCGACGUCAAUAAACUUCUCUAACUUGA